GUCAUUUGCAAGUACAACACAACUCUGUGCAGCGCUCCCCAUUCAUUUCCUGAGAGCUGCCUGCCUGCGCGCAGCAGCUGAGAGGCAGAAGGGGAGGGAGCUCCGCGUACACUCACACAUUCACACACUCACACACAUGCACGCACACACACACACGCACACGCACUCGUCCAUACUCAUAGAUAGCAGAGGAGACGAGGAAAGGGAGAGGAGAGCGUGGAAAGGAAAACAGUCUCCACGGCUCUGCAGCUUCUGACAAGGCCGCCGAAGAGACAGGAUGUUAAUGCUUGACGGAAUGCCUGCAGUCCGAGUCAAAGCCGAGCCCCUGGAAUCGGAACAAGGGUCACCCAAAGUGCGGUCUUAUUCCGCGAUGGACGGCGUCCCCUUCUUUCUCAGCAGAGUGAAACCCGAGCCUCCGGAAGACCUGCUGGCCCACGACCUGCACUUCCACACGCAGACCGAGCCGGUGGACCUGUCCAUCAACAAGCCCCGCCCCUCUUCUUCCACCACCACGUCAUCCUCCUCCCCGCUGAGAUCCGCUUUUUCGCCGUCCUCGCUGUCAUCGUCGUCCUCUUCAUCCUCGCCGUCGGUCAUUACCUCGGCGGCGUCGGUGCUCUCGCCGGGCCCUCUGGUUGCGCCCGGGAUGAGAGGUCAGCCAUAUUUGCACAUCCUGCACUCGGUGCCGCCGCCUCCGUCCAGCCCGCUGGGCCUGCAGGGCGCUGGAAAGCUGAGCGGCCGUGUUCACCGCAUCCCGGUGGUGGUGCAGUCGCUGCCGCUCAUGUAUACCACGGCCAUGCGUUCGCCCUCCAGCCUCAACAACGCCAUCAUGCUACCUCUGCUGGACGACGCCAAGAGCCAGGGCAAAGCACACGCGGAACACAACGACCUGUCGCCGCGUCACAUCAAGAGUGACAGCGAUGACGACGACCUGCCAAACGUGACGUUGGACAGCGUCAAUGAGACCGGCUCCACUGCACUGUCUAUAGCCCGCGCUGUACAAGAUUCAAUGUCACCGUUCAGUAUUGACAGUAUACGGCGUCCUCGGAGGUCGGAGUCGCCCGAUUCCAAAAAGCGGAGAAUCCACCGAUGCGAUUUUGAGGGCUGCAAUAAGGUUUACACCAAAAGCUCCCAUUUAAAAGCACAUCGGCGGACGCAUACAGGAGAAAAGCCUUACAAAUGCACUUGGGACGGCUGCACGUGGAAGUUCGCCCGCUCGGACGAGCUGACCCGCCACUACCGGAAGCACACGGGCGUCAAACCCUUCAAGUGCGCGGACUGCGACCGCAGCUUCUCCCGUUCGGACCACUUAGCCUUGCACCGGCGUCGGCACAUGCUGGUGUGAGACAAGUGAGAAAUUAUCAGCCGGGAAGGAAGGAAGCAACCACCACACGUGGGGGAGCAGGAUCUCCCUGGGAAAUGUUCUUCAGCUGGCCUGGACACAUGGGAGGAACAUGACGGCGAAGAAGAAAGAAAACAGGGUCAAAUGGGGAUCCUCUUGGAAGGAGCAGACAGUCAGGAGCUUUUAUUGUCUUUUACAGCACUGUUUGGAAGUUUUUAACACGGACUCUUUAAUCGGACGGGGGGAGAAGAUGCAAUUUUCGGAAUAUAUAUUUUUUUUGUCUUCAUAAUGUGAAAGACCCCAGAGUGUGGAUUUUUCUUCUCCCAACCCCCUUUCUUUAUUUUCAUGAUGCUGGCUUUCUAGAAGCGGAACCAGAUUGGCAGCAGAGGGUGCCACUUGAUCACAGAUGAUUGCCUCUGGCCUUUGCGAGAACCACCACAAACUCAUUGACGCAAUAUCUAUUUUUAUGGGUGGCCCACUCUCAAAUGUCGAUUUAACAGCCCCCGCCCCCCCAAAAAAAUCUGGAGCCUCUUUGUUGGAUUUUUGAGCUGUGAUGAAGCAAUCAGAUCAAGUGCAAUCUUAACGGUUACAACAACAACACACACACACACACACACAAAACAGAUUUUCUUAAAAAAACUUUUUUCUAUAUCAGGGGCCACUUUAGCCUCAAAGGGCCAUAGUAAAUUUGUGAAAAAAAUACAAUUGUUUUUUAUUAUUAUUAUUAAUUAUUAUGACUGCUACUACAAAUAAUUAAUAAUAAUAAUAAUAUGUAUUAUGCGCCUUUGUGGGUAACAUUUUUGGGGGAGCGUUUUUUUUCUCAAGAUUUCAUUGCUGGCUUUAUACACUUCAGCAACAUCCUGUACAGAGAACUUGGCAACAAUCACGAUAAGGACUCUGCUUUCCUUACUUUUUCUCUCAGCUGGUUUUGUAAUUUGUGGAUUUUAUUUAAUUUUUUUGCACAGCAGCACUUGACUUUAAAAGUGUUACAAAGAUGGCAGCAAAUGCACACACAUACAGAAGAGCAAUACAUUGUUGGGUGAUUGAUGUCAAAUUUUAUUUUUGCUCCCAUCUGUGUACAAAAUUUAGCUGCCUUGAAUGUCAUCAACUACAAAAUACUUUGUCUGGAUUCAAAUGGGAACUACACUUAAUUGACAUUUUUUUACAACUCAUUUGGAUCUAUGAUGUGGACAAAAGCAUUGGGACGAUAUUUUAUAAACCCCCUGAGUGAUGAACACAGUGGAAUAUCGAAAUUCUCCACACUGCAAAAAAUGGAAAUAGAAUCAGUCGGUCUCAGGGGCAAACUGUCACCCUCACAAACCCUCCUUCUCAAAAGUGGUGGGCCAUGCAUUUUGUAACUCAGCCUUGAGUUCAGAUUUUGCCGACUGAAUUAUUCUACUAAGAACCCCAUUAUUAUGUCGCAAUUAUAGUCACCAUCAUUCCUGUACAAAAAAUGCAAUGUUUUCAGUUCAUGUCAUCAGGAACAGUUCAGAAUCUUUUUUUUUUUUUUUAACAUACACAAGGUCGUCAAACGGGUUAGCACAUUUGCCUCACGGUUCAGAGGUCCAGGGUUCAAUUCCAAUUUCACUGGCCACGUAAAAUGACAUGGCGGGCCAGAUUUGGCCCCUGGGCUUUGAGUUUGACACAGUGCUCUAAAUUGCCCCUUGGUGUAAUCGUGAGCAGGUCUAUAUGUACCCUGCGACUGGCUGCCAACCAGUUCAGGGUGUAACCUGCCUACUACCCGAAGACGGCUAGGAUAGGCUCCAGCACCCCCGGGACCCUAAGGAUAAGCGGCUCAGAUAACGGAUGAAUGGAUAAAGUACUUACAGAGAUGCUGAUUAUUAAAUGUAUUCACUUGCACAGAUCACAAUGUCUUUGCAAUUUGUAGCUGGAACAAGUUUAGCUUGAAAGUCAAUUUAUGCCUUCCAUCUUCUCAGACCACAUCUUCGUACCCGCACAGGGUAGACGACUGGUGUAGUACGAUGUAUUUCAUUCAUGAAUAUGUAAACGGCGGACUUCAAAACAUAUGAAUCAUUGUCGUAUAUAUUUUUUGAAUCGUCCCCAUGGGCACCACAGUUAUAGAUUCGUUGGUGGAAGAGGGGGUCUCCAUGUGCUCACUUCAUGGUACGGUUGUGUUUCAGCCACGUCGAGACGCUAGUGUAUGACUAGUGUGCUGCAUUUAAAGGAAAUGAAAGGAGACAUUUUGAUUGACUGUGGCUCCUCCCACAGCAGCACCGUUCUCCUUCUUGCAGAUCCUCUCGUUUGCAUACAGCAGCGCCUAACCCGCCUCCGUGCACAACACAUCAUUUAUUAUCACAAAAAUACAGCACUGAAAAGUAUAUCCGUUUGAAGUUUUUGUUUGUUGUUUUUUUAAUGCACAAUUAUCAUUUUUUAAAAAGUCUUUCAAAAGUGUAAACUAAAACAUUAAGUUUCAAUCAAUUAAAACCGUGAAAGAUAAUAUUUAAAUUCAAACUUAGAAUGUGCUCAGUAAAAGUGUAAAACGUAUCAUUUAUCAACAUAUUUUAUUUUUAGGUGUGACAUUUCUGGGGCCUAGGCGUUACACUUUAGUAUAAAUUAUAUUCACUUAACUUGGGACUGUUGGGUGUAUGAGAAGUUAUUCAAGAACCUGUUGAAAAACCAAAGAAAGAGCCAAAUGUGCGCAUUAAAUGAUUUCAGGCUUGCUCGCUGAAAUUAGCUGUUGUCACGCCUCGCAAGAUUUUCUGAAAUCUUGCAGAGUGUCUCCUUGAAUAUUUUUCUCGACUUUUUUUGUCUCUAGGUCUGUGACAUUUCCUUCAACAAUUUUCUUUUUCACUUUCCCAAUUGCAAGACAUUUUGGGCGUUCAGAAUUUGCGUUUCCACUGUGUUUAAUUAGAUGGCCCUCCCCAAUUCUUUUGUCCAUAUUUAACAAUAGGACAUCAAUAUUUGUUUCACAAUAUUUGAACUAUAUUCAGAAUUUAUUUUCUUCAAAUGCAGAGAUUUACUUCUUCUGCCUACAGUAUUAAAGCAGUCAAUAUUCUUCGAAAUACAGUUAUUGGAGCCAAGCCAGUAAAAGGAGCCGGUGACCCUUACACACACACACACACACACACACACACACACACACACAUAUAAUGGCACCUUGGAAAAAGCUCGACGCCCAUAACCACCCACCCUCAUAUACAUAUUAACCCAAUAUGUAACAUGUAUGUGUUUGCUUUAUUUAUGUACUGUAUAUAAUUUGUGCACAUAUCAAUGUGUUAUGUUAGUGACAGAAUAUUAGCACCUUGUUUGUUUAUUAUUAUUAGUAUAAUUUU